GUCUGCUGCAGCUGACCUCGGGAAACUGCGCGGGUUUUCUUCGCUUGGAGUUAUACCGUGCAUCAGUUGUGUCUCCGUAUAGCUUUCUGUUUUGUUGAAGAUGGCUGAAACUCUUGAGGAUAAGCUUUAUAAAGCCGAAUACGCUAAAAGUGGACGUUCAUCGUGUAAAAAAUGCAAAGAGAGCAUUUCAAAAGGUUCGCUGAGAAUGGCCAUUAUGGUGCAGUCACCUAUGUUUGAUGGAAAAGUUCCUCACUGGCACCAUUUUUCAUGUUUCUGGCAAAGAGCUAGAGUGUUAUCUCCUGGUGAUAUUGAUGGAUACUCUGACUUGAGAUGGGAGGACCAGGAAAAGGUGAAAAAAGCCAUUGAAUCUGGUGAAGCUACUGCCACAGGGAUUGGUGGAAAAAAAGGUGAUGGUAGAUCUGAGAAGACAUUAAAUGAUUUUGCAGUUGAGUACGCAAAGUCCAACAGAAGCACAUGCAAAGGUUGUGAGCAGAAGAUUGAAAAGGAACUAAUUCGGUUAUCAAAGAAAAUGAUAGACCCAGAAAAACCACAACUUGGAAUGAUAGAUCGAUGGUACCAUAUUGCUUGUUUUGUCAGUCGAAGAGAGGAGCUUGGGUUCAUGGCAGCUUAUAAUGCAUCGCAAAUGAAGGGAUUUGCCAUUUUGAGAACAGAGGAUAAGGAAGAACUGAAACAAAGGCUACCAGUUUUGAAAAGUGAAGGAAAAAGAAAAGCUGAUGAAAUAGAUGGAGAUUUGUCCUUCAAGAAAAAAAUGAAAAAAUCAGAAAAGGAAGAUAAGCAACUGGAGAAACAAUUGAAGGAUCAAAGUCAGUUGAUCUGGAACAUUAAGGAUGAACUGAAGAAGUAUUGUUCACUAAAUGACAUGAGAGAGAUACUUAUUGCAAACAAGCAGGAAGUUCCUUCUGGUGAAUCUGCUAUCUUGGACAGAGUUUCUGAUGGCAUGGCAUUUGGUGCCCUGCAACCUUGUGAACAGUGUCAAGGUCAACUGGUCUUUAAAAGUGAUGGGUAUUAUUGUUCUGGAAACAUAACUGCAUGGACAAAAUGUGUUUUUAAAACACAGAUUCCUAAUCGCAAAGAAUGGAUUAUUCCCAAGGAAUUCCAUGAAGUUGUCUUUUUAAAGAAGUUUAAAUUUAAACCUCAAGACAGAUUGUUCGCCCCUGUACCUCCACAGUGUCAUCCUAAAACAACUGAAUCUAAUGCUUCCAGUAUAAAAGAGGAAACUGUUCCAAGUGACAAACCUCUAACUAAUAUGAUGGUCAUUUGUAUUGGCAAACUGGUGAAGAACAAAGAAGAGAUUAAAGCUGUAAUUGAGGAGCUUGGAGGAAAGUUAACUGGCUCAGCCAACAAAGCCACAAUCUGUAUUAGUACAAAGAAGGAAGUACAGAAGUUGUCCAAGAAGAUGGAAGAAGUAAAGGCAGCCAAUGUUCGUGUGGUUGUUGAGGAGUUUUUGUCUGAAGUAAAAACUUCUGGCAAGGCAGUUCAAGAGCUACUUUCUCUUCAUGCCAUCUCGCCCUGGGGAGCUGAAGUCAAACAGGAAACUCCUGUGAUAGUAACAAAAUCCACUGGUACACCGACAGGAAAGAGCUCUGGGAAAAUAAAGGAGGAAGAAGGCUCUAGCAAAUCAAAAAAAAUGAAACUAACUUUAAAGGGAGGAGCUGCAGUGGAUCCUGACUCUGGACUAGAGAAGUGUGCUCAUGUUCUUGAUCAAAAUGGAAAAAUUUUUAGUGCCACUUUAGGACUAGUGGAUAUAAGCAGAGGAACUAAUUCUUACUACAAACUUCAACUCCUAGAAGAUGAUAGUAAAAAGAGGUAUUGGGUGUUCAGAUCAUGGGGACGAGUUGGCACGACAAUUGGUGGUAACAAAUUAGAUAAGUUUUCUGACAAGAACUCUGCUAUUGAUGCAUUUGUGUCCAUUUAUGAGGAGAAAACUGGAAAUACAUGGCACUCCGCAAAGUUCACCAAGUUUCCCAACAAGUUUUACCCAUUGGAAAUAGAUUAUGGUCAGGAUGAAGAAGCAGUGAGGAGAUUGACAGCUAGUGCUGGAACUAAAUCUGUUCUUGCAAAACCAGUUCAAGAGCUCAUUAAAAUGAUUUUUGAUGUGGAGAGUAUGAAGAAAGCUAUGGUGGAGUUUGAGAUUGAUCUUCUUAAGAUGCCUUUGGGAAAGCUUAGUAAGAGGCAAAUCCAGAGUGCAUAUUCUAUCCUUAAUGAAGUUCAACAGACAGUUUCUACUGGAGGCACAGAGUCACAAGUACUGGAUUUAUCUAAUCGGUUCUAUACCCUGAUUCCCCAUGACUUUGGUAUGAAGAAGCCUCCACUUUUAAAUAAUUUGGACUAUAUACAGGCCAAAGUUCAGAUGUUGGAUAAUCUUCUGGACAUAGAGGUUGCUUACAGUCUUCUCAGAGGUGGUGCAGAAGAUGACAAUAAAGAUCCUAUUGAUAUCAACUAUGAAAAACUAAAAACUGUGAUAGAGGUUGUUGACAGAAAAUCUCAUGAAGCUCAAAUCAUUCGGGAAUAUGUCAAGAAUACUCAUGCUGCAACUCACAAUACUUACACACUUGAAGUUGAAGAUAUUUUUAAAAUAUUACGUGAGGGUGAGUACCAGCGAUACAGGCCCUUCAAAGAUCUUCCCAACAGACAGCUGCUUUGGCAUGGUUCCCGCACCACUAAUUUUGCUGGCAUCCUUUCCCAGGGACUCAGAAUAGCACCUCCUGAGGCACCUGUAACUGGUUAUAUGUUUGGUAAAGGAGUUUAUUUUGCUGAUAUGGUUUCUAAAAGUGCAAAUUACUGCCAUACUUCUCAAGCUGAUCCAGUAGGUCUCAUUUUGCUAAGUGAAGUUGCUCUUGGAAACAUGUAUGAACUGAAGCAAGCUGCUCAUAUUACUAAGCUACCUAAGGGUAAACAUAGUGUGAAAGGCUUGGGUAAAACAGCUCCAGAUCCUAAGGCAACGAUUAAUUUGAAUGGAGUUGAUGUUCCCCUUGGGAAAGGAAUUAGUACUAAUAUUUCUGACACCAGUCUGCUUUACAAUGAAUAUAUUGUCUAUGAUGUUGCACAAGUCAAUCUUCAAUAUCUGGUGAAGAUAAGAUUCAACUACCAUUCAUCUCUCUGGUAAACGCCUGGAAAUGUAUCUCACAAGGUUCUAAUGUUCAUUUACUUUUUGGACAAACAAAAUCUUUUGUUUUGUUGAAAAAUGCUUAAUUUUUGUAAUGCAACUUUAUAUUAAUUCCAAUAAAACAUUCAUUAUGCUGUCACACAA